AUGUGUUUUUCUGGCGGGACUCUCUGGGCACGCGCGCUGCGGCGUGGCGCGGGCACGCCGGGGUUCUCAGGCUCAGAUGGGGCGCUGAGAGCAUGCGACCCUCGCCGCCAGGGAGGAACGAAGGCCCGAAGUGCCUCGGUUCGUUCAGGAGCGGAGGUCGGCGGCAUGACCUGCAGCUUGCGCUGUGACGCCUCUCCCGCAGAGGCGCUGCAGGCUACUUCGGAAGGGGGGCGCUAUGCAGGUCUCACGGCUCAGAGCAGCGGCGAGGGCAGCGGACCUGCCGCCACCCAGCCAGCGCCGUUGAAGUCUGAAGAUGCGGAAUUCCCGCGGCUUCCGACCAAACGGCGGAGGCGCGGCAGCUCGUCGUCUCCAGAGGCGUGUGUCGCGGCGUUUCCGGCGCAAGCAGCAGACUCAAGCCGCGAGGAGGCUGAGGAGCCGAAUGGCGACCGCGGGCGAAGGGGCGAAGGGCAGGAGGGGCCUGGAGAGGGAGGCCAGGCGCGCAGAGAGCGACGCCGAGACAUCCACGCGGCCUCGAGCGACCUCGCAGGAAAGCGAGAGCCAGAGGAUAUGCUUGCAGCUGAGCCGCGAGAAAGGGGGCUGCGUGAGAGGCUUGGCAACCCAGAGGGCGGGGCGCCUCACGGAGGAGGAGGCAAGGGGGACCGAAAAACAAACUUGAGCGGCGCUGCGGAUUGGAAGACGACCGACACAGCCGAGGCCACGAGGACGCAGGACAACUCCGUAGGGGAUGGACUUCCCUCUGCGUCACCCCUCUCCCCCGUUCCUUCCGGCUGUAGUCUCUCUUCUCCUGCUGGGUGCUCGCCUGAUAUCUCCAUGUGUGCGGCUUCGCCCGGCUUCUCACGCGCACCGUCUGCGCCUUUUGACUGCGUCGCGAGACCCGACUCUUCACCACUUGCUCCUGUUUCCCUUCCGGGUCCCCCUUGCGUCAUCUCGUCUUCUGGCGGCGUCCGCAUUUCUUCGGCGUGUGCCGUUUCUCACCCGGGAUCUUCCUCUUCUUCUCUGGCGGCGGGCGGGGGUGCUGCUUCGUCGUCCUCUGCGGCACAGGGGCAAGCUACCCCCGCUGCCGCUGGCGCCAUCGCUCCACCCACCUCUGCUUCCUGUGCGACGCCGUUGUGUUUUCCGCUUCCUCUCUCGGCAAUUCCUUCUUCGAUCGGCCUGUACUUGGACCCGUUCGUCCGCGGUCCAGCGCUGCCUCACUGCCCAAGUUGCGCUGACGGCGAGGGCUUGCCUUCCCGUCUUUCGUCACCGCCGCGCUCCGACUCAACGCCUUCCUCGUGCUCUGCCUCGUUGCCUUCUCCGACGGAUGGAAGACACACGCCUCCUGAAGGUGCAAACGCUGGAGUCUGCUGCUGCGGUUUUCCGCGGCGUCCUUUCCCGCGCCUGUGUCUCCCUCCUCCUCGACCCGUUCUGCCUGGGCUGCGGCGGGCGUGUCCUCGUUUGGUGCCGUCAGUGCAUCCUCCGCCUUCGCGUCGUUCGCGUGAGGCAGGUCUCUGCGACAGCGCCGUGCCCUCACCUGCUGCGGCCAUUUCUGAGACGGUCGCCGGGGAGACGUCUCCUGUGAGUCCCCCGCGGACGUCUUCCACGUCGACUUCGCCCCUCUCGCCUGCGCAGUCCUGUAGAUCUGGUGAUUCGGCACGCGUGAAAUCUCCGAGCGCCUCCUCGAUCCCGUUUUCUCUCUUCGCUACCCAGCUGUGUUCGCGCAGUCUGCUGGCUUUCAUUGCGAGCGAGGACGGUCGACUGGCGCGCUGGAAGCAAAUGCUUAACAACCUGCAGUUUGGGGUCAGGGCCUUCUUGAACAACCCCGAAGUGAUCUACUGCCGCGGCCUGACUCGCGGCGCACAGUCGCGCCUGCUGCAUCUGCUUGUGAACAUGCUCCCUCUGUGGAUCUACCUCGCUGUGAGGCCCUCUCGCGCCGGGCUUGACGACUGCCGAGACGAAGGCGCGGGCGAACCGAACCGGGCGGUAGAGCCGCAGAGGCCUUCGCCGGAGAUUAAGACUGAGGCCGCCCAGCGGACGCGAACCGACACACCGCAGGCAGCGGAGAGCGGUGGAGCGACAGAGCAGCGAGAAAACGUACUGGUGGAAGACAUAGACGGCGUACACGGCAGGCAAGCAUGCUGUGAGAGCGGGCGUUUACUACGGCCCCGGUGUCAGGACGCGAAACGCUUUCUUUCGUCCAUCAACGAGAAAGGUCGGCAAGGUAGCGCGAGUAGCCGAGUGCAGCGGAGCGGAGGCCCAGAUGAAGUGAAUGCCGAGGAACGGGUCUGCAGAGUUGGGGAGCGCUCGCGGGGGAGGCGCCGAACUCGCAGUAAGACGAGGCUCGCUGGAGAAAGCAUAGAACAUAUCCAUUCAGGGGAACAGCCCGUCGAAAGGGAUGAUGACGAGCCAAGUUCUGCCGCGGUGGUGCACUCCGGGAGAAGCGGGAAGGAUGAAGGCGAGGGUGCGGCGAGCGCGCGACCCAGCGGAUCGCGAAGCGUGUCACGCUGCAAGUACGCGACAGAGACCGACAUUUCCGUCGUCCCUUUGCAAGAGGCAGCAGCGGACAGCAGGGAGGGCGAGACUGGCGACGUGUCGAGUGAAGGGCGGCAUACCCGCGAAAGUCCGUUGACAGAGGCCACUCGACGUCGUGGGAAGCGGACCGACGGAGGCAAAGCUGGUCUCGACGCCGCGGUCGCCUCCCAUGGGGUGCGAGAAGGGGCGGCGGUUCUAUCCACAGCAGAGGAGAGGCCAGAAAGCGACGGUCUACAAAAGAGAAGAGGCGCGGAUGUCCCAGAGGGACGUGAGCAGGCUCUUGCAGCUGAUGCCGUUUCUGUUUCACCUCCGCGUAGGGCAGAAAGCCUCGCGACCGCAUGUGCUGUGGGACCGUCCUCUGCGUGUUCGCCGACGCCGCCCCGUGUGGCCUCUUCGACCCCUGCUUCGCCUUCGCCUCCGGAGCGCGUUCCCACGCAACCGCGUUCCACUGACUCACCGGAGUCAUCCAUGCCGCCCUCAUCUGGGGCGUCCGUGCUCCCUCCGCCGGCUGGGACUGACGCCUGUCCGUCUCCGCCGCAUCCGCCUUCUCCAGGCAGCGUUCCAUCGACAUCGUCCUUUCCACCCGCGGCGGCGCCUGCCUCGUGCUCCGCGGCGGAUGGGCCCCGGUCGCUGUCUGAGGCCACGCCGCCUUCGGGCCCUGCCUCUCUAUCCCGCGCCGUAGCACGCGGCGACUCAGCUUUGCUGCAUGCGUCAACCGCCGCUGCUGCCGCUCCGCGUGCGGCUGGUCCUGGUCGGCGCACAGCUGUCUCUGUGGCGUCUCAGACGUCUUCAGCUCCUCGCCGCGAGGGGCUGGCGUCCGGCGGCCACGCAGGCAACGAAACAAAGCCAGCUUCCAGACAAACUCCGACGGAGGCGGCGACGCACGGGCCACAGGAUCAAGCCUGCGGGGGAAGCGGAGGCGCUGCGUCUGAGGCCUGUCUCUCGCGAGACAGGACACGCGAGGGGCGCGAGCCUGGUCGAACGGCCAAGGUGUCAGAUUCUGGAGAGCGCCCAACCCGAGAAGGAGACGACGCAGAUCUCGGCCAAGAGAGGCAAGCGACACGAAGCGACGCCCACGGGGGAAGGGGAAAGGACGCAGACGGAGGCGCGAACCGAGGACCUGGUGCGGAAGAUGCCGUGAGCGAAGUAAAUGCCACCAAGGACGUCACGCGGGAUGCGGGACCCGCCCAGAUGGGAGAGCGCAGGUCGGCUCCGGAACGCGCAGAUGUAAAGGAGUUCCCAGCCCACGGAGGGGCGAGCCAAGACAGCAAACCAAAGAGUCAAGAUACACGCACCGCGCCGCAGAAAGGUGCAGAGAGAGGUGUGCGUCGGGGGAGAGACGUCAAAGAGGCACGCGGUGCUGCUUCGUGCGGCGUGGCCUCGCAUGAAGAGAAUCCGUCCCUGUUUCCUUCAGCUCUACCUGUGAAAACAGAGAAGGACGACAGCGUUUCCCAAGCGCGCCCUUCCCUCUCGUUGGAUUCCGUCUGUACUCCUCCAUCAUCUCGCGUCAGUUCCCCGUGUGCUGCCGGCAGGGUGCACCUACCCUGUCCACCCGUGGCAAACACCGAGGAAGCAAGCACCGAGGACGCGGCGUGUCUCGCAGAGCCCAGCGAGAAGCCACAGGAAACAGAAAGUGAACGGCCUGCGUCGGCGUCUUCUUUGUCGUCUGCUUUGGCUUCGUCCGCACGCGUCCCUGCGCCGUGCGCCGCCCAGGAAGCCGCGAAGGAGCGAGCAAUUCACGCGCGGGUUGAGGCGGCACCCCGCGGGGAUGUGGCCUAUGGCGAGGUUGCUGCUUCCCGCUCGCGUGGGCGCGCGCCGCGGACGCCGCGGAGGUGUGGUGUCACAGGGGAACGGGAAAAACGCAAACUGAGUGAGGACGGGAAGAAAAACAGGCGCGACGUCGCAGACGCGAACCCAGGUUCUCCAGGUGGGCAUGCACAAAGACGGUUAUCGCCACGCGCGCCUCACGACUAUGCCGAGUCGCCAGAAGCUGACGCAUGCUCCGCCCGCGCGACGGCCGCGGCCUCAGUUCCAGAUGGCGUAACGGGAGCCGCUGGCAGCUUGUGGCAGAGUCAAGAUGGCAGACGUGGGAAGCGGCAAAGAUGCUGCGCAAGCGCGGCGAUGGACGCGGAGAUGCCUCAGCGGAGCUCAGCGUUGAGACGGCCUGCGGCAACAGCUCGCGACGCGACACGAGGAGAACUCGCAAGCGAAGCGAGGGGGAACCCACACUCCGAGGCAGAGCCGCUGACAACCCAGGGAGAGGGAGCCGAAGCGGCGAACGUGGUGGGGGAUGGACCCGAACUCGAGGGGAGAACAGACAAAGCGAAGAACAAGGAGGUCAAGGAAGCGCUGGUCGAAAAAAUCCGUGCAACAGCAUCGACAGAGGCAGGCGCCGCAGAGCCCGUAGGAAAGCUCGAGCAUCUGAGGAGAUCGGGCAGAAUACGGAAGAGAGUGGGAGACGCGCGCGAAGGCGCGAUGGAGAAGCCGCUUGCGAGACAGGCUGGCGACAGGGGCAGGCGCAUCUGUGGCGGCCCAACACAACGAGAGGCAGAGCAGGCGAACGGCCGGGGCUGCAGCAGCUGUCAGGAGGCUUUGCUCAUGAGACAGAGGCAUGACAGUAGACGCUUUCUCGGUUCGUCCUUUCUGACGCCACCGAGUGUCGUGUCGGCCCGUGCUUCGUCUCCGCAUUCGCCGAAUGCGUCGCCCUCGUGUUCGCCGUCCGCUGACUCUUCACCUCUCUGGCAGCUGCGGUCCACACCGGAUCCUGUGGAACGCUUGGAGCAUCUGCUUCUCUUCUAUCGCCGGUGGCUGGGCGACUGCCGAAUGGGGAAUCCAGCUAGAGAAGCCCUGCUGCAGCAUGCUGAGCUGCUUCUCCCUGAUGCCUUCCUCUUUGGACUUCUUCGUUUCUUUUCUCACCUCUCCGCCCUCGAAGAUGCCGGCUUCCACCAAGUGAAGCGCAUGGACGCACAGCCAAGGCGCGACCGCGGCCGAGACGCAGACAGUUCGAAAGCGGCAAGCGAGUGCGGACAAGGACGAAAUUGCCACAAAGACGAGGGGAACCCUGAAGCGGUAGAAGCGGCCACAGGAAGGGAUAGAGAGGAUAGUCGUCGUUGUCUUUCUUUCAGUGAUGCCCGCGCUUCUUCUGCGUCGUGCUGCGGUCUCGCCCGAAUUGCGUCCGAGAUCGCCACAGGCACUGAAGCGCUCUGUCGAUCCGUCUUGGAAGGCGAAGAAACCAGGGUUGCGCUGGAACGCAAAAAGGCAAUUUCAUCGUCUCUUCUUCGUGGAGGUUCGCCGAACGGCUCUACCACAGGGGGCCAAAGCGGCGGUCUAUCCGUGGUCGCCGGCAAUUCAGCCUCGACGAGCGUCUUCCCACCUCUGCCUCUGCUAAAAAAGGAGACGCAGAAGUCAACCGAAGUCUCGCUUGCAUCUGCAGAACGGCGACGGUUUUCGGGUUUUGGCGCGUCUGUCUGCGCAUCCUCGUGUGCGUCUUCUACUUCGUCCUCUACGCCUGCGAGCCCUGUUCGCUGUCGCGCCGCGGGCGCUGGCAGAGCUGGCGCCCAGCCGCCUGAUGCUCCGUCCAAGCAGGACGCAGCUGCCGGGCGUGGCAGGGCCAGUACGCCUUCGCCCUCGUCGCGAAAUCGACGCCGUUCAUCCAGGGCACCCACAGUGUCGCCGCCAAGACGAACGCGGUCCCAGCGUUCUUCGUCUGCGCUCGCUUCGUCCACUCUUGUGUGUUCGUCCGUCCGGAGGCGGCGGCGCGGAGACGGGAGGUCUGAGUCACUAACUAGAGGCGGGCAGGCUGCGCACCAACGCGCGCCGCCUCCUUCGUGUUCUUCGGCAGUUUUGCUUUUCUCCUCUCCCUUGUCUUCGCGGGGUCGCGGAGGCUCCGCAGAGGACAAAGUGGUCAAGGCGGACGCUUGCGACGCCGCGAAAACGGACCUGUUUGUGUCCGUCGAAGCGAGCUGUUACUUGUUUAGCUGCAGCAAAAUCUCGACUCUACUAGCCACGCAAAUCGACGCGCUGCGCACACAUCCAGACAGCGCCGCUUUGAAGAAGGGCUGUGUCUCCAACGCAGCAGCUUUCUCGAGCGCAAGGCCGCCCGGAAACUCGCCCACUUCGAGUGCGGCGUGCAGUUUGUCUCGCUGUUCCACCGGACCGCAUGGCGCAUUGACGGCGGCUCCAGCCCUCCCUGUCCUCGCCUGUGCGUCGUCUGCGCCUUCGCCGCCCGUGCCUGCUCUGGCGCCGUGUGCAGUGUGGCAGUGCGCCUUCCUGUCCGCCAGCUCAGCCAACCUGCGUUCACAGCUGUACCGAAAACUCCGCGAGCUUGUCGUCGACUUCGCCUGCGUCGUCGGCAGACUGGCCGCUGUCCACAUGGACCAUCGCCGGUGCUGUCUGCUCAGGUGCCGGGAUCUGAAUGCGGCCGCCCGGGCUUUGGAUUGUCUUCCUAGCCGCGCACUGCUUCUGAUUGUGUCACAGGCGAGCUCGGCGGAGGCAUCCUUGCACGCUCGUCGAGGCGCGGGGAUGAGCCUGAGGCGCCAAGGAGAGGGAAAGACGACGCGAAAGACAGAUGGAAAGGCAGGCAAGCUAGAACCCGAGGACAGCCUCAUACAGUCGCAUAUCCAGCUUAUGGCAACAGAAAGGCAUCUCCAGGGGCCCGUCGCUCCCGACAGGAAGGCGGAGCGGGAAAAAGACAGAAAAACGCGGUAUAGCCAGGCUCCGCCAGAGACGGAAGCGUGUAACACGCCUCGGGGCGAAAACGUUGGGGAACACGAAUCUUGGCCGCACAAGGACGGCCUGAGCAGCCGGCGUAGAAAACAGAAUCUGCCUUCUGCGACACUUGCCGAGCGCGGGAAAGGGCAUGCAGAUGAAGGAGGGGGGGGCACAUCGGGAGAGGAUGCGCCACGGAAUCUCCGGCAUUCUACAGAUCCGUUUUUGAUAAGGAGUGAAUUCGCAACUGCCGUCUCAAGCAGUGAUUCCGACGAUAGCUUCUGUCCUUCAUCAUCCUCCUCUUCCGAAGAGGACGGCGAUUCGUCUGAAGAUGAGGUUUUGCGUCAGUGGGAAAUGCGAGCGAAAUCGUUCCCUCGGCCUUCGCGGUCGUGGCAGCCCUCUUCCGAAUCGGACUCUUCGACGUUCCUUGUGAGAAUCCCUUGGGCGGGCAGUGCGGAAGCAUGCGACGAAACAGUAAUGAGUUCCUCUGCGUUAUCUGCGUCUUCGCCUUUGCCUCUGACUGAAAGGUCCCUCUCUGUAGCGGAUUAUUUGCACCACGUCGCUGGGUGUUUCUGCGGAUGCGCCGACUCCGAUUUCGCCCCCGACGAAAUCUCCGCCUCAGACGAAGCCGAGGAAGACGGUGACGACGACCGGGACGACGAGGGUCUGGUCUACGAAGAAGCCGAGGCUGAACCCAAUGAGCAAGAUCUACAAGACGGCGAACCAUAA